CGGAGCCCCCCGGAGCCGCCACUCCCCGGAGCGCGGGGGAGGCUGAGAGGGAGUGACCCCCGGCCCCUCGCCCCGGGCUGGGACAGCUGAGGGGGGGCGCAACAUGGCGGAGGCCAAGGAGGAGGGGCCCGGCCCCCGCGGCAGGUUUGAAGAUAAAUCUGAUGCGGUAUUUGAUAUUUCAGAAAAAUGUGGUGAAAUUCUGGAUGCAGAGAUGGCUGAGGAUGCUGACCAGAACUUAACGCCCGUCCUCGACAGCUUGUCUUACGGAGUAGCGAAUCGAGCAGGACCUGAAAAUUCACUGCAGGGUGAUGAUCAUGAUUAUUUUCUGAACUCUGGGGAUCUUGCAGGCAUACCUGUUGUUGGGAGUGACAACGAAGAUGAUCAGAAUUUCACUCCAAAAGACACUCUUUCUUCAGCAAUUCAUGAUGAAGAUCAUCUGGAAGAGGGCAAGAGAGUUCCAGAUCAUGAACUGGACAGUGAAAAAGAAAUUCAGGUUCAGAAUGCAAUCCAGAAGGAUCUCACUUCCCCCUUUGAGCAGGGCCCUGUAUUUAAAUCACUCCGAAAAGAUUUUAGCGUAACGCGAGAUAAUGGCAAAGAGACUUUUUCAGCAAAGGACAAAAAUAGAGAAGGACAUUUUCAAGAUAAUGAAAAACGUUUGGAAAAAAACCCUAAAGCUAUGGAUUCUAGAUUGAAAAGCAGUUUUCUUGACAAAGCAGUUCAUAAUCAAGUAGAAGAAACAUUACGGACGCAGUUAGUGCCACAAACUCCAGAAACUAACUUCAGGGAGUCUAGCUACCUAUUUUCUAGUAAGGAAUCUAUUGGACAAGAGCUGGGGAAUUCCUUUGCACCAAAUAUUAGAAUUAAGAAGGAGCCUUUGGAUGACGAAUAUGCUAAAGCUAUGGCCCCACAGCAGGGACUGUUAGACAAAAUUAAAGAUGAACCUGUUAUUUCUGAGGAGUACGGCCAACAGCCAAAAUCUCAGGAAGGGGAGCUAAAAAUCAGUGCUGUAUUUUCAGUCAGUGGCAGUCCUCUUGUUCCACAGCUGUCAUCAGGUUUCCAGCCUGCUGUGGCAUCCUCUGGCAUGAGUAAAAUGCUACCCUCAGUUCCAAGCACAGCUGUUCGGGUUUCCUGUUCUGGCUGUAAAAAAAUCCUGCAGAAGGGACAAACUGCCUACCAGAGGAAAGGCUCAACCCAGCUCUUCUGCUCCACACUGUGCCUCACUGGAUACACCAUUCCAGCUUCUCGCCCACCAGCUUCUACCAAGAAAACCUGCUCAAGCUGCUCAAAAGAAAUUCUAAAUCCAAAGGAUGUAAUCACUGCCCAGUUUGACAACACAGACUCCAGUAAGGAUUUCUGCAGCCAAUCUUGUCUGUCCACAUAUGAACUGAAAAGGAAACCCAUUGUCACUAUCCACACCAACAGCAUUUCCAGCAAGUGCAGCAUGUGCCAGAAGAAUGCAGUGAUCAGGCAUGAGGUGAAUUACCAGAACGUGGUGCACAAGCUCUGCAGUGAUGCCUGCUUCUCCCAGUUCCGCUCAGCCAACAACCUGACCAUGAACUGCUGUGAAUAUUGUGGAGGAUACUGCUACAGUGGCUCUGGCCAGUGUCAUGUGCUGCAGAUAGAGGGACAGUCCAAAAAGUUCUGCAGUUCCGUAUGUGUGACAGCUUUCAAGCAGAAGUCAGCUAAAAUUACACCCUGCACACUGUGUAAAUCUCUGAGAUCUUCAGCUGAGAUGGUGGAGAGUGCUAAUAACUUGGGGAAGAUGGAACUGUUUUGUUCUGUUAACUGUUUGUCAGCAUACAGAGUAAAAAUGGUCACUUCUUCAGGUGUUCAAGUUCAGUGCAACAGCUGUAAAACCUCAGCAAACCCUCAGUAUCACUUGGCUAUGUCAGAUGGGAGCAUACGCAAUUUUUGCAGCUACAAUUGUGUAGCAGCUUUCCAGAAUCUGUUCAACAAGCCUGCAGGACCCAACUCCUCGGUGGUGCCCCUGUCUCAGGGCCAGGUCAUUGUGAGCAUCCCCUCGGGGACAGUGGUCUCAGCCAGUGUCACCACCUCCACUGUGUCCCCCAGCUCCACGAGCACCUCAGCUGCAGCAGGGCUCCAGAGGUUGGCUGCCCAGUGCCAGCAGGUCACCUUUACCCGCUCUGUUGUGAAAAUCAAGUGUCAGCACUGUAACAGAUCAUUUGCCACCAAACCAGAACUGCUUGACUACAAGGGUAAAAUGUUCCAGUUCUGUGGGAAGAACUGCUGUGACGAUUAUAAGAAGAAGAGCAAUAUGACGGCUGUGUGUGAAUACUGCAGGUUUGAGAAAAUUAUCAAGGAGACAGUGAGAGUCUCAAGCAUAGAUAGAACAUUCUGUAGUGAAGUUUGUAAACUACUCUAUAAACACGACCUGUCAAAGCGCUGGGGAACCCACUGUAAAAUGUGCAGUUACUGUUUACAGACUUCCCCCAAACUGGUCCAGAAUCACUUUGCAGGGAAAACAGAGGAUUUUUGCUCAGAAGAAUGCAUGUCUAAAUUCACAGUUUUGUUUUACCAGAUGGCAAAGUGUGAUGGUUGUAAGAGACAAGGUAAACUCUGCGAGUCCAUCAAAUGGCAAGGGGAGAUGAAGCAUUUUUGCAAUCUGCUUUGUAUUCUGUCAUUCUGUAAACAGCAAGGUGCUUCUGACCCUCCACUCCCAAACAACACAGCAAACCUUUCCAUGGCACCAGCCUCCUCCUCAGGCCCUCCUUCUUUAAGAAAGGACUCAACCCCUGUCAUAGCAAACGUGGUGUCCCUUGCAAGCACCCCAGCUGCCCAGCCUACUGUUAACUCCAACAAUGUUUUACAGGGUGCAGUCCCUACUGUGACAGCAAAAACAAUAGGAGAUGCAAGUACCCAGACAGAUGCCCUAAAGCUCCCAUCAUCAAAACCACCCAGGCUGCUGAAAAACAAAGCUUUAUUGUGUAAGCCUAUCACCCAGACUAAGGCCACCUCGUGCAAACCUCACACACAAAACAAAGAAUGCCAGACAGAAGGAGAAGAAACACCUGCUCAACCCCAGAUCAUUGUGGUACCAGUUCCUGUACCAGUGUUUGUGCCAGUGCCCCUCCACCUCUACACCCAGUACACACCAGUUCCCCUGGGGAUGCCAGUACCUGUUCCAGUUCCCAUGCUCAUCCCAACUACCCCAGAUAAUGCUGAUAAGAUCAUUGAAAAUAUUCAGGAAAACAAGGAGAAGAUGUCCAUUAAUCCAUUUGAAGCUGAUCUCCUUCAGAUGGCAGAAAUGAUUGCAGAAGAUGCUGAGAGAGAAAAAACACACUCUCAUGGUGGAUCUCAAACAUCUGAGCACGAACUCUUCCUGGACCCCAAGAUAUUUGAGAAAGACCAGGGCAGCACGUACAGCGGAGAUCUGGAAUCAGAAGCAGUGUCCACUCCCCACAGCUGGGAGGAGGAGUUGAAUCACUACGCCUUACGAUCCAAUGCCCUGCCAGAACCUGAUCCAGAACUCAAACCAUUCUCCAAAGGUGAUGUGGAACAGGACCUGGAGGCAGAUUUCCCAUCAGACUCAUUUGACCCUCUCAGUAAAGGACCGGCUUUACAUUCACGUUCACGGGCAAGACGGAGACACAGGGAUGGCUUCCCACAGCCAAAGAGAAGGGGAAGGAAGAAGUCUGUAGUUGCUGUGGAGGCCCGGAAUCUGAUGCAGGGCUCCUACCCUGGCUGCUCUGUUUCUGGGAUGACCCUGAAGUACAUGUAUGGGGUAAAUGCCUGGAAAAACUGGGUCCAGUGGAAAAAUGCACAGGAGGAACAAGGGGACCUGAAGUUUUCAGUUCAUCCUGUGAAGCUCAAGGAGGACAUUCUCUCAUGCACAUAUGCUGAGCUGAGUUUUGGCUUGUGCCAGUUUAUUCAAGAGGUGCGGAGACCAAACGGAGAAAAAUACGACCCUGACAGCAUCUUAUACUUGUGCCUUGGAAUUCAGCAGUACCUGUUUGAGAAUGGUAGAAUAGAUAACAUUUUCACCGAGCCCUAUUCCAGGUUUAUGAUUGAGCUUACAAAACUUUUGAAAAUCUGGGAACCUACAAUUCUUCCAAAUGGUUAUAUGUUCUCAAGAAUUGAAGAGGAACACUUGUGGGAAUGUAAGCAGCUGGGUGCAUAUUCCCCCAUCGUUUUGUUGAACACCCUUCUGUUCUUCAACACCAAAUACUUCCAACUAAAGAAUGUCAGUGAGCACCUGAAACUGUCCUUUGCCCAUGUUAUGAGGCGCACCAGAACUCUGAAGUAUAAUACUAAGAUGACAUAUUUACGUUUUUUCCCACCCUUUCAAAAACAAGAGGUAGAAUCAGAUAAAUUAGCAGUAGGCAAAAGGAAACGCAGUGAAGAUGAGGAGGCUCCAACAGCAGUGGAAAUGGCUGAAAACACAGACAAUCCCCUGCGGUGUCCAGUCCGACUUUACGAGUUUUACUUAUCAAAAUGUUCUGAAAGCGUGAAGCAGAGGAGUGAUGUGUUCUACCUGCAGCCCGAGCGCUCCUGUGUUCCCAACAGCCCCAUAUGGUAUUCCACAUUGCCAAUAGACCCAGCAACCCUGGACAUCAUGUUAACAAGGAUUCUUAUGGUGAGGGAGGUACAUGAAGAACUUGCCAAAGUCAAAUCAGAGGACUCUGAUAUUGAGUUAUCAGACUAAGUGCAGUGGGGUAUUUUCCUUUGAAUACGCGUCAGAAGCACCAAAAUGUGAAUACGUCCAUCCUUUGGAAAAUGUGUAUCAAAUAA